AUGGCCACAGGGCGAGCAUAUGAUCCUGACUUCUCACAAUCAGAGCCUCCCGCUCCCCCUCAAAGCCAGCUUUUAUCAGGAGAUGCACCGAGCUCAUUAGAAGAUCUUUUGCGCAAUGGCUCUUCUACAUAUGGCCGUGUUUCAGAAACAAACGGGUUGGCCCCAGUCGCAUCCCGCACACUCGGUGAUAAUUUGAAUUUAGAGGAAUCGGUCAAUAUUGAUGCCGAGGAUGACAAUGGAUCUCAACCUACCCAAGAUAGGACCUCGCGACCACCCACUCCAAUAGAUCCGUCUACUGUCCCGCUGCCUGUAUCCAGACCGCCAUCCAAUAUCUCGCUGCCUGUAUCAAGACCGCCAUCAACCCAAAGGCCACGUCAAGGAGAUCGAAUGGUUGAUUCAGCACACGUUGCUCCUCACGCGAUAGAAGAAAUGCGUCCACAACCAUACAGAAAAACCAUUAAAAACGCGGGAAAGGUGCUAGAACAUAUCAAAAAUGGAAGUGUCGGGAAACCUUCCCGUCACGCGAAGACUUCAAUCACGUACUACGACUAUCGCGACGAUCUCAUAUCCGACCCAACACACAUCGAUGAUUCAGCGACUAUCGCAGCCCUGUGUCAUGUCCCAGAAUAUGUACAGCAAAGGCUUAUCUUUGUGGAAGACCUUUCUAAACCCAUGAUAGACAUGUUGGGUGAAAACUUCAGCAUCAAUCCCGAGUUCUUCGAAGAACAUUUACUGAAUUCUGGCUAUGUCGACGGGAAAUAUGACAGUCCACCGGCUCGAAACUGGAGCACAGCAUCAUUUGAGAAAUCCUACAUAUCCUUCAGGUGGAUUCGACCAAUUUAUCGACGUCCAACUUACUUCUCAAGCGCUGACCUUGAAGAUCUGCUUGAGGACAGCGUGACACAUUUCACACGAGGAAGGUCUGUUACGACGGAAAUCCUCACGAAUAUAUUCCGGCUAGACUGGGGCUUGUGGACAGAUCCCACAACGACAUCGAUGAUGAAAAGAGUGUGUGGGUUAGAGGAGAGAGUGUCAAUUUGGAGAAAGAAGCUCAUUAAUCAAAACACUGAGAUUGUAAUCGUACUUCUUGACCCUUUGCCGGAAAUAUCUGAGACAAACUAUUCCUGGACAUCAGCUGGUUCUCAGCGGGAGAAUGACGAGAGUAAGGACAAGAAGAAAAAGGAGAAGAGGAAGAAUGAUGAUGAUGAUGAUACGUCGGACCGGCCCUCGAAUGAACUCAGUGAACACUGGACAUCAACUGGUUCUCGGGGAGAGAAUGGCGAGAAUGAUGGUGAUGAUGAUGCGCCACACCACUCCUCCAUGGAAUGGAGUCAAUACCGGACAUCAACUGGAUCUCAAGGAGGGAACAGCGAGAAUGAUAGCGAUGAUGCGCCACACUACUCCACGGAAUGGAGUCAAUACCGGGCAUCAACUGGAUCUCAAGGAGGGAACAGCGAGAAUGAUAGCGAUGAUGCGCCGCACUACUCCUCCACGGAAUGGAGUCAAUACCGGGAAUCAACUGGAUCUCAAGGAGAGAACGGCGAGAAUAAUAGCGAUGAUGAUGAUGUGUCGCACUACUCCUCUACUGAACAGAGGAUGUAUAUCGAAGAGCUUAUCAUGGAUGAAGAGCAACCACAACGUGUCAGGGAUGAAAGUUCAUUUGCUAGGUCCUUGGGCUGGAUCCUUGGUAGAGAAAAACGAAGAAACUUUAGACCUGGAAAGAAGGUCGAAGUACUGAAUGUUAUCGUUGAAAAGAAGAAGCCCAAAGUACUGAAUAAAGUCAUCAUUGAGCAGAUAGCUCCCCGCCAAGCAGUCUCAGCCGACCUAGACAGCGUAUUUCAAAUAUUGCAGUCGAUGGCAGAUUUGCAGGAAAAACUCCAGGAGACCAAGUCAACCAAAUCAGAGAUCUGUGACGCUCUCGGAAUGCACCAGGGACCAGUUAGUCUGCUCAGGCCGUUGGUCCGAAUCAUCCAACAAGACACCAUGACCCUUCUCAAUCAGCUGCGACAGAUUCUUGACGAAAUAGAUAUCGAGAUUCUAAACGACAUCAAGAUGGAGGAGAGAUUGAGCUUAUGGCGACAGAUCAUCAACCGUGCUCAGCGAGAGCUUCCAGAUCUAAGAUAUUCCAUGGAGCCAUUUAUUGAGUUCCUCAUAAAACUCCAUCCUUUAACCUCUUCCUUGGAGGUUGCAGCCAUGGGACUGGAAGCUACGCAAGAUAUGCACGAACUUUGGAAGAGCAUUGAUCACAUCAUUGUUCGACUUCAAAGAACAUCAGCGUCUUUGGCAUCCAAUAUGGGUCUUCUGGAGAGUCGACGCUCGAUUGACGAGGCUCAUGCUGUGGCAAGACUCACCGAACUCGCCUUCGUUUUUGUCCCGAUGUCUUUCGCUGCCUCUGUUUUUGGCAUGCAAAUCGAACCAUUUGCAAAUCCAGUUCCUAUCAGUAACUUUUUUGCUGUGGCUGUUGGCGUGACAUCAUUUGCUUAUUUGAUGCGUAUGACCAUGCGCAGCCAUUGGUUGACUGCUCUCAAGGAAACCGUGAGACAAGAUGUCAGGAAAUAUGCAGCGAGGAAUGGUCAACCUGUGCAACCUCGAGCGCUUCCGAUGCUUCUGGUCUUUCGGUCAAUAGCAAGUCGACUGAGUACCAUCAUUGCUGGUAUUUGUAAAUGGGUCGUGCGAAGAACCCGUUUAAUAGCUGAAAAGAUCUGGGGUACGUUCGGCUUCAUAAUCAGCUUCUUUUUGUUGAAUGGCGUUGCAUCGGCGAUACCGAUCGGGGUGCUCUGGACCCGCGAGCUUGAGUCAAAUGUCCGGGUUUCUGUCAGUAUUGCUAUCAUUUUUAUUGUUAUAGCCACUGUGGGGGUUCCUUUCUGGGUCAGAUCCAAGCCAAAGUUUCGAAACGCAUUACCAAAGCUUGUCAUGGAGAGAGUGCGCCGGGCACCUUGGCAGGUUAGAAUGGCCUUUAUAUAUCUGAUCUUGACCACGACAUUCAUUGUGGUGCCUUUGGCCCUCAUCUGGACACGCCCGCUAGCUAUUGGCAUCAAGAGCGGGCUGACCGUGGGUAUUGUGAUGACGGUGAUUCUAAUUAUGCUAACUUUCAUCCUUUUGGGUACCUCCGGACCAUAUCGAUCAACGCGUUUUCAUAGAUAG